CUGCGGCGGAUCGAGGACCGGACGAGCCGGCAGGUGCGCUUCUCCAAGCGCCGAGCGGGGCUCUUCAAGAAGGCCUUCGAGCUCUCGCUCCUCUGCGACGCCGAGGUCGCGCUGCUCGUCUUCUCCCCCGCCGGCAAGCUCUACGAGUACGCCUCCUCCAGCAUUGAAGGUACAUAUGACCGGUAUCAGCAAUUUGCGGUGCCCGGAAGGAAUCUGAUUCAAGAAGAUGCAACUGUCUGCAAUGAUGAAGAUCCUUCAAAUAUGCAGUCAAGGCUUGGCGAGAUUGCUGCCUGGUCUCUCGAUAAUAAUGCUGACAACUCAGAUGCCAGUAGUUUGGAGAAACUGGAGAAACUACUAAAGGAUGCUCUGAGAAUUACAGAAUCUAAGAAGGCUUUGGCGAAACAAAAUAGUGGCGGGAGCACGAGCGAGAGAGCCCCAACGGACCUACGGGGCAGGAGAAUGGGAGGAAUGCUUGAGCAGAGCAAAGUUCCCCUGUGCUGUGUAUGCAUUUGAUACUAUGUUGCUGCCCCCACACACUGUUCUCCAGUUAGGCUGUUAAUGGGCAAGAAUUAGUUGCCAGGGCUGCUACUUGUAAGAUGUAAGGGAGGAGGGGCAAAUUUUAACGAAAGCGUGUGUGAGUUGGCUAAUCUAAUUACAUAUGCUUGUGCC